CCUACUUUUUUAUUGUUGUCUUUUUUUUUCCGACUUUUGUUGACGAUUAAACAAUGCAUUCAUUCAGAAAUGAGAGAUGCACACCAUAGUCUAAUCGAAAAAGGAAAUUCGUAUUUUUUGUUUUGUGAAUAGGCCUUAAGAGGUACUUGAAUUACUCUGUUAAAAAAAAAAGUUUUUAGCUUUCAAUUUUAUUUUCAUUGGUGAACGAAUCUCAUUUUCAUCUCAUGAAUUAUAAUAUGCCACGUAAAAAGAUUUUUGUUACUGUUGGAACAACCAAGUUUGAUGAUCUCAUCAAAACUAUAACUACAGACGAAGUACUACAGGAACUGAGUAAAAAAGGAUACAGUGAAAUGAUCAUGCAAAUUGGCAGAAGCCACGUUGAACCAGAUUGCACCAAGAGGUGUGGUUUUCAUCGUAUUGAGGUGUUUAAUCUGAAACCAUCUCUUCAGGAAGAUAUGCAAACCGCAGAUCUCAUUAUUAGCCAUGCAGGUGCUGGAAGUUGCUUGGAAGCUUUAGAGUUAUCAAAACCUCUAAUUGUAGUGACAAACGACCGUUUAAUGGAUAAUCAUCAGUUAGAGCUUGCUGAGCAACUUUACAAAGAUGGUCACUUACUUUACACAAACUGUAAGGGCUUGACCCAACUGAUUCGCUCUAUGAAUUUGUCCGAGCUAAAACCAUUCACUGGUGACAAGAGCAAGACCAUCGCAAAUACUAUCAAUGAAAUAAUGGGAUUUGCAUGAUAUAAAGCUCAGUUUUUUGUAAAGUAAUUUAAUCAGAUGACGUUUUAAGAUGCUAAGUACGUUUUUUUGAUAAUGUUCCCACAAGUACAUCUUCAUAUGCAAAAAUGCACCAGAUAGAUUCAUAGACAACACACUUGAGGUCAAUGGUGAGCUCAUUUCCUCAAACUUGUUUUGCAGUUAAACUAAGCUUAGACCCUAAGGGACCCAAGACCACCACAGCACCCACUAAAAGUUGAAAAAAUGUGUAUAUAAAUCCAGAACGGAUCAUGAGAAAUGUA